AGAGAUAGUAAACUUAUUUACACAACAUGGUUCUUCUACACGUCAAAAUGAGAGAUGAAUCUUUGUUUCUGUACUCGAGUUCUGUUUCGGCCCGUGUUUCCGAUAUUUUGGACGAUAUUGUUGCAAUCUAUAACGGACGGAGGAAGGUGUUAAGGACAGUAGCAGAGGUGGAGGAGUUAGCUAAGUACGGAGUAACAACAAAACCUGAGAUGCAAGGACUAACCCCAGAUCAGAUAAGAGAUCUUAAUCUAGUUGACGAGUAUAUGGAGAAAUGUGAACCUAGUGGAGGUUUUUCAUAUAAUCAGGAUCCCUGCCAGAGAAGAUGUGGUCGAGCUCCGAUCCAAGGAAUGAAAGAUGUUUUACAGAAUGCUGGACUUGAAGCAAAGAAUAAUGUUCACAGAGAACGAGUGAAUAAAGGAGAAGUUUUAACUAACAAAAUAGUUUCACAAUCUUUAGGGGUUCUGGAUGGAGCUGUAAAGAUAGUAUUUCCGAUGGGUCUUCCUCCGUAUGAUCCUAUCAGGAUGGAGCUAGGUUGGAUCAGGAUAGAACUAGGAAGGAUUAGGAUAGAACUAGAGAACUGUGAGGACCUAUCUGGAACCCAGGAGAGUACUCAGGUCCUUGAUCCACUAGGUUCUCAACUCUGGUUUACAAGUAAGGAGAUGAAGAGAGAUAAGAUUUUAAAGGAUUAUUUUGGAGGAAAUGAGAAGAGCAAGGUUGUUGUUAAGCUAAGCAAGGUUGGGAGCGGAGUUCCGUCCAGAGAACCCAGGCUCUCGGAGCAAGAUAGAAAACAGCUCAUGCUCUUAGAGCAUAGACGAAGAGAGGAACUCAAAAAACUUAUUAGGGAUGAGGAUGAAUCCCACAUGAACCAGGAUUGGGCGGAUCCAAAGAAACUAGCAAACUCUCUUCAGGUUAGAAAACAUAAACGUACAGUUAAACCCUAA